CAAAAAAAAAAACACAUAGACAUAGCCCUGUUUACUCGGACAUUACCCAAAUUAAAAACGUCACAGUUGCACAACUAUAACCCUAAUUGGCACUCCUCUUUCUUCUUCCUCUCGAAAUCGUUCCUCUUUCCUCUCUAAAUCACAGAGAAAAUGGCCGAUUCUCAGCGCAAGAGGUAUUCGAGAUCUCCAUCACCUCGGAAAGCAAGAUCUAGGUCUCAGUCCAGGUCUAGAUCAAUGUCUCCUCCUAGAUACCGGUCUCGUUCUCAUUCCAGGUCAAGGUCGCCGAGCCGUGGCAGGGUUGAGACGAAUCCUGGAAAUACACUUUUUGUUACUGGUCUCUCUUCUAGAGUUACUCAAAGAGAACUUGAGGAUUUUUUUUCCAAGGAAGGAAAGGUAAGCUCAGUAUUCUUGGUCAUGGAGCCACGUACACGCAUAUCAAGAGGCUUUGCCUUUGUGACUAUGGACACUGUUGAAGAUGCGGAUCGUUGUAUCAAGUACCUCAAUCAAUCUGUUCUUGAAGGUCGCUACAUCACUGUUGAGAAGUCAAGGAGAAAACGACCAAGGACACCGACACCCGGACAGUAUCUUGGCUUAGGACAUCGACGUAAAUUCCGUGGUGGGUAUGGUGGCCGUGAUGACUAUGAUCAUAGGAGGUCACCAAGACGUUCACCUUAUCGAGGUAGUCGAGGUUAUUCUCCUCGUCGCUCCCCUUAUGCUGAAAGGUCAAGGAGGUACAGGUCAAGGUCCUACUCUCCUUAUGGAAGCCCAGACAGAGGAUAUGGGCGUCGCUCUGGUGCCUAUGGCAGAUAAGAGAAUUGUUGUAAGCUAUUUGGAGAUGAAUGGGGACUAUAAUACUCUCUUGUCAAACCAUGUUAGUGUCUAGAAUGUGUAUUUUGGUGCCUUUUAUAGUUCUAGCUGUUCAACCCUUGGUUCUGACUUUGUAGCGACGCUUUUUGCAACAUGCUCUUUGUUAAGAUCGUUUAAAGGUUGCACUAUAUGACUCAAGUAUUUACAGAGAUAUGUAUCUGCUUCUUAGUGAACUCAAGGCUGAAUUCUCUUGCUGUUUGGAGGUUUCUGGUGUUGGUUA